AUGGCCCGGCCGCUGCUCGUGCUGGCGCUGGCCCUGGCGCUGGCGGCCGCCUGCUGCUCCUCCUCCUCGGGCCCCGAGGGCGCGGGCAGCGGCAACGGCAGCGGCACGGUGGUGACGAUGGCGGUGGUGCUGCCGCAGCACAACGUGAGCUACCCGUGGGCCUGGCCGCGUGUGGCGCCGGCGGUGGCGCUGGCGCUCGAGGCGCUGGAGCCGGGGCUGCGGGCGGCCGGCCUGUCGGUGCGCACCUUCUUCAACACGUCGGAGCUGAACGGCGCCUGCUCGGAGUACGUGGCGCCGCUCAAGGCGGUGGACCUGAUGCUCUACCACGACCCGGACGUGCUGCUGGGCCCCGGCUGCGUCUACCCGGCCGCCUCGGUGGGCCGCUUCGCCUCGCACUGGCGCCUGCCGCUGCUCACCGCCGGCGCCGUGGCCUCGGGCUUCAGCCGCAAGAAGGACGGCUUCAGCACCCUGGUGCGCACCGGCCCGUCGGCGCCCAAGCUCGGCGCCUUCGUGGCCCACCUGCACGAGCUCUUCAACUGGAGCUCCCGCGCCGCGCUGCUCUACGUGGACCGCAAGACCGACGACCGGCCCUUCUACUUCACCAUCGAGGGCGUCUACGAGGAGCUGCACGAGGCCGCCAACCUCACCGUCCGCUACCACAUCUACGCCCCCCACGACCCCCACCACCACCACGCCGAUCCUAACUUUGCUCACCCGCUUGUCAAUUUGUUUUGCCAGGAACUUUGCCGGGAAACACUCUUGGCAAAGAACCGGCAUCAAAUCUGCAAAACAAUUUCCAAUAGAACAGUAAAGAUGCUGCUGAAAGCUCACAGAGCAGCUGCAGCAGCAGCAGAGAUGAAAAACGAGUCAGUCGUCUACAUCUGUGGGCCACUGGAGAUGUUGCACCAGAUCAUGCGCUUGGCCCAGUGCGAGAGCAUGACCAACGGCGACUACGUCUUCUUCUAUGUGGAUGUUUUUGGGGAGAGCCUGCGUGCAGAGGGGCAUCGAGAGGCCGCCAAGCCCUGGCAGAGCAAGGAGAGCCCCGAUCCAAGUGGCCUCCAAGACGCCUUCCAGACGGUGCUGGUGAUCACAUACCAUGAGCCCCAAACGCCUGAGUACCAGCACUUCCAGAAGCAGCUGAUCCUGCGGGCCCGGGCAGAGUUUGGCGUGGAGCUCAACGCCUCGCUGAAGAACUUGGUGGCCGGCUGCUUCCACGACGGGCUCCUCCUCUAUGCUGCCGUGCUGAACGAGACGCUGCGUGAAGGUGGAAGCAAGCGGGACUCCAGCCGCAUCCUCCAGAAAAUGAAGGGCCGGAAAUUCCAGGGUGUCACUGGGACCGUGAGCAUGGACAACAACAAUGAUCGAGAGACAGAUUUUGACGUGUGGGCCAUGGCAGACUUGGAAACCGGAGAAUAUCAGGUGGUGGGUCAUUACAUGGGAUCAGAGAAGCAGAUGAAUUGGGUGGGACCCAUCCACUGGAAGAAGGGGGGGCCUCCUCUCGACAACCCUCCCUGUGUCUUUGAUGUGGAUGACCCCACCUGUGAUAAAACUCCGCUCUCCACCUUGGCCAUCGUGGCGCUGGGAGCCGGACUCACCUUUAUCAUGUUUGGAGUUUCCAGCUUCCUGAUCUUCAGGAAGCUGAUGCUGGAGAAGGAGCUCGCCAGUAUGCUGUGGCGGAUCCGCUGGGAGGAACUGCAGUUUGGGAGUUCCGAGCGCUACCACAAGGGGGCAGGCAGCCGCCUCACCCUCUCUCUGCGUGGCUCUAGCUAUGGCUCCCUGAUGACGGCACAUGGCAAGUACCAGAUCUUUGCCAACACCGGCCUCUUCAAGGGGAAUGUCGUGGCCAUCAAACACGUCAACAAGAAGCGGAUUGACCUGACGAGGCAGGUGCUCUUCGAACUCAAACACAUGCGAGACAUCCAGUUCAACCACCUGACGCGCUUCAUCGGGGCCUGCAUUGACCCUCCCAACAUCUGCAUCGUGACGGAAUACUGUCCCCGGGGCAGCUUGCAGGACAUUCUGGAGAACGAGAGCAUCAACCUGGACUGGAUGUUCCGCUACUCCCUCAUCAAUGACCUCGUCAAGGGCAUGGCGUUCCUGCACAGCAGCAUCAUCGGGCAGCACGGCAGCCUCAAGUCCUCCAACUGCGUGGUGGACAGCCGCUUUGUGCUCAAGAUCACCGACUACGGCCUGGCCAGCUUCCGCCAGAGCAGCGAGGGGGAGGGCAGCCACGCCCUUUACGCCAAGAAGCUGUGGACCGCCCCAGAGCUCCUGCAGAACCGGCGCCUGCCCCCUCCUGCCAUGCAGAAGGCCGAUGUCUACAGCUUUGGGAUCAUCCUGCAAGAGAUCGCCCUGCGCAACGGGGCCUUCUACGUGGAGGGCAUGGACCUCAGCCCCAAAGAGAUUGUGCAGAAGGUGCGCAACAGCCAGCGGCCCUACUUCCGCCCCACGGUCGACACCCGGCUGCACAGCGAGGAGCUGGCCGUCCUCAUGGAGCGCUGCUGGGCUCAGGAGCUGGCCGAGCGCCCCGACUUCACCCAGAUCAAGAUCUUCAUCCGGCGCUUCAACAAGGAGGGCAGCGCCAGCAUCCUGGACAACCUGCUCUCGCGCAUGGAGCAGUACGCCAACAACCUGGAGAAGCUGGUGGAGGAGCGCACCCAGGCCUACCUAGAGGAGAAGCGCAAGGCGGAGAACUUGCUCUACCAGAUCCUGCCCCACUCCGUGGCCGAGCAGCUCAAGCGUGGGGAGACGGUGCAGGCAGAGGCCUUCGACUGCGUCACCAUCUACUUCAGCGACAUUGUGGGCUUCACCUCCCUGUCGGCGGAGAGCACCCCCAUGCAGGUGGUGACCCUGCUCAACGACCUUUACACUUGCUUUGAUGCCAUCAUCGACAACUUUGAUGUCUACAAGGUGGAGACCAUUGGCGAUGCCUACAUGGUGGUGUCGGGGCUGCCCGUGCGGAACGGCAAGCUGCACGCCCACGAGAUCGUCCGCAUGGCCCUUGCCCUCCUGGAGGCCGUGAAGACCUUCCGCAUCCGGCACCGGCCAAGCGAGCAGCUGCACCUGCGGAUCGGCAUCCACUCUGGGCCGGUGUGUGCCGGAGUGGUGGGCCUCAAGAUGCCUCGCUAUUGCCUCUUCGGGGACACGGUCAACACAGCCUCCCGCAUGGAGUCCAACGGCGAGGCCUUGAAGAUCCAUGUGUCGGCCUCCACCAAAGAGAUCCUGGAUGAGUUUGGCUGCUUUGAGCUGGAGCUGAGGGGGGACGUGGAGAUGAAGGGCAAGGGGAAGCUGCGGACCUACUGGCUGCUGGGUGAGAAGGACCUCGGUGUCAUCUGA